AUGCCGACAGAUGAACACGGCCAAACCCACGCCGGCACCAUCGGCCUCUUCGACGACGCCGACGAGUACGCUGCUACCGCCUUGAGCUCUGAGCGCCGCGAACGUCGAGAACUUGAGUUACAAAUCCGCCGUCUUGGGCGUCGUGCGGAUCGACAACAUCGUAAAGCAGUCAGAGCUGCAGAAGGCAAGACGAAGCUACCAUCGUGGCUGGCGAAGAUAUUUCGGAUCGACGAGAAACCAAGCGAUGACUGCGACAGAACGAUAACAUUUACGGAAGAGUGGAUUGUGGUGCGCAGGCCAGUGACGCCGGAGCCGGAGUACACGGCGCAGGAUAUUGAUCCAGUGGAUUCGUUGUGGUUGAGGGAGUGUGGAAUGGUGCGGGUGAAGUCGGAUGAUGCCGGAGGUUGUCAUAUUGUGCCGAAGAGCAGUGUCCAGAAGAGUGACUGA